AUGGCCAAAGAACUAAGAAGUGAGAUUCCUGCCACUAUUUGCAAUGUCACAUCCCUUGAGAUUCUUGAUCUCUCGGACAAUGGAUUAAGCGGUUCCCUUCCACGUUGUCUGGGAAAGCUUGCUGAUAAUCUGCAUACCAUGGUUCUUGGUAAUAAUCAGCUUCAAGGGACAAUACCAACAACCUUCACCAAGAGCUGUCACCUAGCAGUUUUAAACACGGAAAGCAAUCACUUUGAAGGAACUCUACCCCAAGCCUUAGCAAACUGCAAGGACUUAAAAAUUCUUAAUAUGGGAAACAACCACAUUGGAGGUAUAUUUCCGUCAUGGCUAAGUACUCUUGCACAGCUAGAAGUCCUUGUCUUUCGAUCAAAUAGACUUCACGGUGAAGUAAGUAUAGGUAAUACAACACGUCCCUUCCCUAAGUUGCGAAUUGUGGAUCUCUCUAACAAUGAAUUCACUGGCCAUUUGCCAAUUCAGUAUUUUUAUAAUAUGAGGCCGAGUAAUAAGGGAUAUGAUUAUGUCAUUACAAAAGAGAAUUUCGAGUACUUUUACCAAGCAUCAGUCUCACUAAGUGUGAAAGGGACAGAAUAUGAAGUGAAACAAAUCCUUUAUAUUUACACAGCCAUUGAUCUGUCGCUCAACAAAUUUCAAGGGCAGAUUCCAGAGGUCACUGGAGAGCUUAGAUCGCUUGCGUUGCUAAAUCUAUCUCACAAUAGUCUUACAGGGCCUAUCCCAUCAUUGCUGGGGAAUAUGGAAGCACUCCAAUCUUUAGAUUUGUCAUCAAACCAAUUGACAGGUGCUAUACCCGAGCAGUUAACUACUUUGACAUUUAUUGGGGCCUUGAACCUCUCGGAAAACCAUCUUACCGGAGAAAUCCCUCAAAAAGGACAAUUCAGUACUUUUGGCAACGAUUCAUACUUGGGUAACUCGGCCUUAUGUGGACUUCCUCUGACUAAGAAAUGUAGGCACACGGUGCCACCAACACAAGAAGUCCUAAAUGGUGACGAAGAUGAUGCUAAUGAUGAACUCAGUUGGGAGGUGAUCCUGAUAGGGUAUGCAUGUGGAUUAAUAUGCGGAUUAUCUUUUGGGUACAUUGUUUUCACCAUUGAAAAGCCUUGGUGGUUUGUGAGAUACGUCGAAGAACUGCAACAGAAGUUGAUGAGGACACACAUGAAGAAUACUAUUCGAUCAAGAAGAACAACUUGA